AUGGGUUGGGCAAAUCCGGUGCCGAGACUCCCGCGGCCGGCGGCGAUUGAUAAAGCCAAGAAAGCUCGCGAUACCCUGGGUUCCAUCUACUCGUUUUAUGCAGCCAACCGCGAUUCGCUUGAAAGAGUUCCAUCCUUCAUGAGCGACUCCAGCAGGGACCUCCCAAUCAUCUUCCAAACCGACCCAGUUCCAACAGCAGAAGAGACAGAACAGUUGAAGAAGAACCUCUCUGAUCUCAUCAAAACACAAGAGAUUUUCAACCAAAUCCCAGAUCAGCAACGGCAGUUGAUGGUCGAGGCAGCCAAUGCCAGCACAAUCAAGCGCGCCGAAAACCGUGCCGCGAAAAAUUAA